AUGGAGUGUUUGCCAACUUGUAUGUUCCUCUUACUUCUAUUACCAUUCACUCUCUAUUUUCUACUUUCUAAAUACACAAAAAAUAACUCAAACAUGAUCAAACUUCCACCAGGCCCUACUCCUCUUCCUUUUAUAGGAAACCUCCACCAAUUAGGAAAAAAGCCUCAUAAAUCCUUAGCCAGUUUAGCUGAAAUUCACGGUCCAAUCAUGAGUCUAAAGCUAGGUCAAGUAACAACCAUUGUUGUCUCUUCACCCAACAUGGCCAAAGAAAUACUCCAAACUCAUGAUCAUAUCUUAUCCAACAGAACAAUUCCAAAUGCUGUAACAGUUCAUGAUCACCACAAAUAUAGCAUGACAUUCUUACCCGUUUCACCUCUUUGGAGAGACUUAAGAAAAAUAUGUAGUAAUCAAUUAUUCUCUAACAAGACACUUGAUGAGAGUAAGGGAAUUAGGCUUCAGAAACUGAAAGAAUUACUCAAUGAUAUUAAUCAAAGUAGUCUUGUUCAUGAAGCUGUUGAUAUUAGAAAUAUGGCUUUUAAGACAUCGAUUAAUUUGUUAUCGAAUACUAUUUUCUCUUUAGAUUUGGUUGAGUCUGCUGGUUCAGUUGGAGAUUUCAAGGAGCUAGUUGUGAAUAUAAUGGAAGAGUGUGGAAAACCAAACAUUGCAGAUCUUUUUCCUGCACUUAGGAUGUUUGACCCACAAGGUAUUAAAGCUCGCACCUCUGCUUCUGCUGGGAAGAUCCUUGAUAUCUUCAAACGUCUAGUUGACGAAAGAGUGAAGCUGAGGGAAGUACAAGGUUUCGACACAAACAAUGACAUGCUAAGUACCUUGCUCAACAUUGCCCAAGACAGCAGCCAAAAAGAUAUGAACAAAAUAAAAAUCCAACAUUUAUCUCUGACUUUAUUUGUUGCUGGUACGGAUACAAUUUCAUCUACGAUAGAAUGGGCAAUGUCAGAAUUGCUUAAAAAUGAAAAUAUCAUGUCAAAAGCAAAACAAGAGUUGGAACAAAUCAUUGGCAAAGGAAAACCAAUUGAAGAUUCAGAUAUUGUUAAGCUUCCUUAUUUACAAGCAAUAAUAAAAGAGACUUUUAGAUUACACCCUUCUGUUCCAUUUUUACUCCCUCGAAAAGCCAAUGCAAAUGUGGAAAUUGAAGGCUACACAAUUCCAAAAGAUGCACAAAUUUGGGUCAAUGUGUGGGCUAUUGGUAGAAAUUCAAGUGUUUGGGAAAAUGAAAAUUUAUUUUCACCAGACAGAUUUUUAAAAUCUAAAAUUAAUAUUAAAGGUCACAAUUUCGAGCUUACGCCGUUUGGUGCUGGAAGGAGAAUUUGUCCUGGUUUGUUGUUAGCUACAAAGGUAUUGUAUUUGAUGUUAGGUUCAUUAAUCAAUUGUUUUAAUUGGAAAGUUGAUGAUAAGACGACAAUUGAUGACAUGUACAUGGAGGAUAAAUUUGGAAUCACAUUAGAUAAAGCUCAACCACUAAGGGUCAUUCCAGAAAAAGUAUGCAACUAG